AUGAUGUUGCUCAAGUAUUCAGCUGCCGUUGCAGCUUUUGCCCUCUACGGGCAUGCUAGCGCUGGGCCUUGCAAGCCGAUUACUCGCCCUACGAGCUCGGGCUUGGAGACUUCCGGUACUGCUACAACUGAAGUUUCUUCAACUGUGACGAAUUCGCUCUCGGUUGAGACUUCGACGACGGUCGAGACGUCUUCAGCCGCCACGUCGGUUGAGAGCUCGGCGACAACCUUCUUGCUCGAGGCUUCGAGCACUACUGGUGAUUCUUCCACUUUGUUUACCUCAACGACCGAAACCGCGACGCUUGACGCAACCACUACCGAGUUUGCUUCUACGACCGCCGAGGCCUCUACGACAGCCACCGCUACGACUUCUGCUGCGCCAGUGUGCGAGUUCACGGGAGAAUACACCAACUACAUCAAGAACCCGUCUUUCGAUAAUCUAGACGGCGACGGAAACCCCACCGCCGACCCGUGGAUCAUACUCGGAGUCUCAACUCUAUCGACCCAAUUCCCCAGAACAGGAGCCCGCGCUAUGGAGUAUACAUACCCCGACACUUCAAUCAGCGGAAGUUCAUCCAUCCUCCAAGAACUAACCAACACCGUCGCCGGCCAAGAAUACGUCUUCAAAUUCCACUGGGCUCUUCUUCAGGGCCAGCCCCUUGAAGCAGACGAAUGCAGAUUCGGUACAUUCGCUGGUGGUGGAGGGGCGAAUAGGCUGUUUAUCGCUGUUGAUGGCGAUGAGGCAAUUUCGCAGUUUCAGUAUUAUGAACAGGAGUAUCGCAUUACUGCUGAGAAUAAUAAUCAGAGGUUGUCGAUUGGGUUCUACUGUACGAGUGAGCCGGCGGGGGGAGCGGUCAAGGUUCACAUUGAUGAUGUUUCGGUUUAUGACUACUAUGAGGGCUGUGAAAGUCCUUGA